CCUCUGUCCGACGGGCGCUGCAGCUGUUAUUUUAAUUAUUUUGACCAUAAUCACCUUAACAUGGACUGAUUGGCUACGACGUUUACAGCGUUACGCUAUUGAAAAGUCAAGGAUUCUUGGACUUUCUGCAGGUCAGUGAAGCGACCAUCUCAAUCUCCAACAACAACGAGCAAUGUCGGACGUCUGUGUCGGAGAUCUGCUUGUUAUACUGCUCCUUCAGAUGGUGUUAUCCACUGGCGGAUUCUUACCAGACGCAAUUAUCUCCGUGAAGUUAAACGACGAGGAUCCAUCUGUCAGACUUUAUGGGAAAGUGUCCAUCAAGGAAUCGUUCAUAUUUGGCAGAGUUCUUAGUAUUGAUCGUCAAAAUGGAUGUGCGACGGUGCCCCAAGUCGAUAUAUUGGCGACUGGUGAAUUCUCAGUCGCCGUAUUCAUCAAAUUGAGACAGAAUAACUGGCCCCAGUUCCUUAAAUUCGAAGUAGACAAUUAUAUUGUCAGUAUCCAGUUUCACGAUUUUACGUUGCGUCUUGUAUUUUGCAAUGAUAAAUUCAAUGUACGGGUUACCGGUUGUUUGCACUAUGUAACAACGGCAAUAACAAGUGGUUUGGGUCAUUGGCAGUUUUUAGUUGGGUGUUUCAAAAACAAGUCAAAAGCAGCUUCGAUUUAUAUUGAUGGCAAAACGGUCAGAGUUCGAGAAAUUUACAUGAGCGGUUAUCCUGCAAACAAUGGUGUCGAAAUUGGAUGUGCUGGAUUCCUUGGAUUGAUCUCGGAAGUUGUGGUCUUUCCUGUGGUCCUCACCAGCCUCUCCGUCAUGGAAAUAUAUCAGAAAUUCAUUGGCAGAAAAGAAGGACUUCCGAUAGACAAUAUAUUCUGUAAAUCAAAACGGAUGCCAGUUCAAACCGACGCGAUAUUAGUCCGAUCAAGGAUUGACUGCACCGUUGACUGUGGUAUUUGGAAUUGGUUCUACAUAAUGACCAAGCCCAAGUGUCUUGGAGUGCACUCUUAG